CGUUUCGACUUGUAAAGUUGAUCAUAACUAUUUAUCAGCGGAAUUACAUAACAAACUCUACACUAAUACGGUUAAGAAACUUAAUAUGAAUGCUAAUACAACCGUUACAACGUACAGCUGUAGUGUUUUGUGACCGAAAUGAAUUUGAAUAUCAAUUUGAAGAAUCUCACAAGCUUGUGUCCAAGAGGAAGCAAUAAUCAACCAUCUUUCCUCUCUGCCAGCAAUAACAAGAAAACAGGGGCUCUAACUAGGGCUACACUUCUCAAUUUAUUGUCUGUUUAACACUAAACACAGACCGGACGUCAGCUUUGGGGAUUUUUUUGACCCACACUAAGGGCUAAAGGAUUAUAGAAACGACUUCCACCGGCACGUCGAGCAGCAGCGCAGCAUUUCUCAGAUCACCGACUUGAUUUUUUUUUCCUUUCUUUUUUUUUUCAUGUUUCCAACAGGUUUACCUUCCCCUAAACCCCCAGCGCCAAGCCAAGAGGCCAGAGCGGCAGCUUCGGAUGUCAGCAGCGACAGCAGCCUGACGCCUUGCAGGAAGAGGAAGAUUCUCAGCUCCGACAGAGAGGACACUGAUUCCGUCUCUGCGUCUCCGAGAUCCCCUAAAGCAGUGUGCAAUUCCUCUGCGUCCUGCUCUUCCUCCUCCUCCUCGCAGCACAUCCAGAAGAAGUUGCGGUUCGAGGAGCGCUCGGAGUGCACAGGGCUGGAUGUAAAGAUGGCAGAAGAAUCUCCGACCGCAUCGUGCUCCAAGGCGAAAAGCGCUUUUUUCUCCGGUCACGCAAACGGACUCACCAAAUCCGCCGGAUCCGCGACAUUCACCACCAAUAGCAAACCCGGAGCUGCUAAGAAACUUGUGAUCAAAAACUUUAAGGAAAAGCCAAAAUUGCCUGAAAACUACACACGUGAGACAUGGCAGAAGCUGAAGGAUGCAGUGGAAGCCAUUCAGAAUAGCACGUCAAUAAAGUACAAUCUGGAGGAACUUUAUCAGGCUGUUGAGAAUUUGUGCUCCCAUAAGAUAUCUGCCAAGCUGUAUAAGCAGCUGAGAUUGGUUUGUGAAGACCACAUUAAGGCACAAAUCGAUGAGUUUCGAGAGGACUCUCUGGACAGUGUGCUAUUCUUGAAGAAAAUAGACAAGUGUUGGCAAGAUCACUGCAGACAGAUGAUCAUGAUUAGGAGUAUAUUUUUGUUUUUGGAUCGCACAUAUGUUUUACAAAAUUCAAUGCUGCCAUCAAUCUGGGACAUGGGACUGGAGUUGUUUCGUUUCUACAUUAUCAGUGAUUGGAAAGUACAGAGCAAGACGAUUGACGGGAUCCUACUCCUCAUAGAGAGAGAACGCAAUGGGGAGGCUAUAGACCGCUCUCUCUUGAGAAGUCUGCUGAGCAUGCUGUCUGACCUCCAGAUUUAUCAGGAUUCAUUUGAGCAACGCUUUCUGGAGGAGACAAAUCGGCUGUAUGCUGCAGAAGGUCAGAGGCUGAUGCAGGAAAGAGAGGUGCCUGAGUAUCUCCAUCAUGUAAACAAACGCUUGGAGGAGGAAGCAGACAGAGUCAUCACAUACUUGGACCAGAGCACACAAAAACCUCUCAUUGCCACUGUGGAGAAGCAGUUACUUGGUGAACAUCUGACAGCAACACUUCAGAAAGGGUUGAAUCAUCUGCUGGAUGAGAAUCGUAUCCAGGACUUGUCUUUGCUGUAUCAGCUGUUCAGUCGAGUUCGGGGGGGAGUGCAGGUCCUUCUGCAGCACUGGAUUGAGUACAUCAAGGCCUUCGGUAGCACAAUAGUGAUCAAUCCUGAGAAAGACAAGACAAUGGUGCAGGAACUGCUGGACUUCAAAGAUAAAGUGGACUCCAUCAUCGAUAUAUGCUUCAUGAAGAAUGAAAAAUUUGUAAAUGCCAUGAAGGAAGCUUUUGAGACCUUCAUCAACAAGCGGCCGAACAAACCUGCAGAGCUCAUAGCAAAAUAUGUGGAUUCAAAACUGCGGGCAGGAAAUAAGGAAGCCACAGAUGAAGAACUUGAGAAGAUGCUAGACAAGAUUAUGAUCAUAUUCAGGUUUAUUUAUGGCAAAGAUGUGUUUGAGGCCUUCUACAAAAAAGACCUGGCAAAGAGGUUGCUGGUCGGAAAAAGUGCCUCUGUCGAUGCUGAGAAGUCGAUGCUCUCAAAACUGAAACAUGAAUGUGGAGCAGCUUUUACCAGUAAAUUGGAAGGAAUGUUCAAGGACAUGGAGCUCUCAAAAGAUAUUAUGGUGCAAUUCAAACAGUACAUGCAAUGCCAAAAUAUUCCAGGAAACAUUGAGCUGACCGUGAACAUUCUCACUAUGGGUUACUGGCCAACAUACGUCCCCAUGGAAGUUCAUCUGCCUGCUGAGAUGGUAAGACUACAAGAAAUCUUUAAGACCUUUUAUCUUGGGAAGCACAGUGGAAGAAAACUACAGUGGCAGUCGACAUUAGGACAUUGUGUAUUAAAAGCUGAAUUCAAAGAGGGGAAGAAAGAGCUGCAGGUGUCACUGUUUCAGACAUUAGUUCUGCUCAUGUUUAAUGAGGGAGAAGAAUUUUCCUUGGAAGAGAUCAAACUGGCCACAGGAAUAGAGGAUGGCGAGCUGAGGCGUACCCUCCAGUCCCUGGCUUGUGGCAAGGCGAGAGUUCUCACCAAAACCCCCAAAAGUAAAGACGUGGAAGAUGGAGACAAGUUUUCCUGUAAUGAUGAUUUCAAGCACAAGCUCUUCAGGAUUAAGAUCAACCAGAUCCAGAUGAAAGAAACGGUGGAGGAGCAGGCAAGCACUACAGAGCGAGUGUUCCAGGACCGGCAAUACCAGAUUGACGCUGCCAUCGUCCGCAUUAUGAAGAUGAGGAAGACUUUGAGUCAUAACCUCCUUGUGUCUGAGGUUUACAACCAACUCAAGUUCCCUGUAAAGCCUGCUGAUUUAAAGAAGAGGAUAGAGUCGCUCAUCGAUAGAGACUACAUGGAAAGAGACAAGGAGAAUUCUAAUCAGUACAAUUAUGUGGCUUAGAGAGAGAGAAAAGGAAAGGAAGAGUGGGGAAUAACAAGAAAGAGGAGGCUGUUCUCGGUAAACAUGUGAAAUAGAAGCCUUCAGUUAUCUUAACCCUCUUUAACCCAGUGACCGACAACUGAAUGGAAAUUGUUCUCUGGGGUAUGUUUUCGUCUGGAUUGCAUGCCCAUUAAAGAAAUGUAUUCUUCAGUGUCAGAGCUCCUCUUUUUGAAUCGGACAAUACCAGAUACAUGAUUUCCACCCUCACUUUUUUUUUUAUUUGCUUAAAGGAAAAGUGUAUUUAUUUUUCAGAAUUGGUUCCAAGUCCAUUAUGUUCAGGAUGUCCUUUUCUGUUUAUUUUUAAGUCACGUUUCCUUUUAUUUCACUGUGUAUCCUGUGCAAAAUGUUAUUGCAUUUGGAGGAAAAAUGGAAAAAAGAUAUUACUAAUAAAAUAAGAUUUGUUUAGUGCUGUAGCAACACGAGUGUAUAACAUUAAAAACAAGGUUUCACAUUUCUAAUGGGAAACCUCUACAGACAGAAACAAAGCUUCACUACUGGAGACGGAUGGGUCACAGGUUAAUUGAAAAUGGUCAGAAGGCAUGAGGCAAGCCAAAUUUGAAGUACUUAAACUGUGCCAAACUAGAUACAAUCAAGCACUCAUUGUUAUAGGACUAAAUCAUGCUGCUAAACUUGUCAAUACAUCUACUCGUUUCUACCCAGAGGUUUGGUUUUGUUUGAUUUCUGUUUAAAUAUAUAUGUCAUGCCCACAUCCACCCUGCAACCCAUCUUGGCAUGGAUUUCUUACCACAGAUUUAGUCAAGCUUUGGACAAAAUCGCAGGAAUGUUAAGGAUGGUUUUCUAAUAAAGAUUCUGUUUUGUUGCAGUUGGAGGGAAAACUGUCUUUUAAAAUUGACUGGGAAUUAAGUUAAUGCAAAUGAACAAUUUUUUUCAGAAACUGAACAGUAUAAAAGCACAGCAGUGUCAUAAUUACCUUAUCCUAGUAUGUUUGUAUUUCUUUGGCAUAUUACACUGAGAAGCUCCUGUAUGGCAUCACUGGACGAAUAGAGUUGUAUGAUUACAUUGUUUCGAUAAAUCAUAAUAGGACAAGUAUCUCUUGUCUGAAUACAUCUGCUUGUUUUUAUUGCUUCAGAUUAAACGGCUGUUUCCAUUA